GGAGCUCCCAUCAACCAUCUACCAUCACCGCAACUUGACAGGUAUCUGUCUUAAUAUCUAGCCGAACCCGAUCCUUGCCGAGUCUAACGAUAGUACUUGUACCAUACAACUGCCACAUACUCGACAUAUCAUUUUCUCAUAGAUCCAAUAUUCAAUAUCCAACAGCGAAACAUCGUACCUCUUCCUCUCAAACCUCCCAAACUCCAACUCUCCAACACUCCAACACUCGCGAUACGGUCUGUGGUUUUACUCACCAUGGCGAGUCAACAAAGCCCUCCUCCCCAUAUCGAUCGUUAUGUGGUUAUCCAUGUUGCGACGACCUGCGAUGAACAUGGUGUCUAUGUGACUAAGGAUUCUGCGGAAGUCAUCGAACUGGGUUGGAUUCUUCUGGAUGCCAAGUCCCUUGAUGAGAUUCAUCGGGAGAGUGUGUUAGUCAAGCCCAUCAAUACACCAAUUACUCCUUUAUGUACGAGUCUUACGACACUAACUUGGGAGCAUGUUCGAAAUGCCGGAACCUUCCGAGAUGCCGUUAAUCGGUUCGAUGCUUUCGCUUCUGAACAUUUGACGUCUCAGAAUCUCGAUUUUGUUUUCGUCACUCUGGAUGCUUGGGACCUUCGAGUACAACUUCCCCGAGAAGCUCGUGAUAAGGCAGUUGUAUUGCCCCCAUAUCUCCAACACUCAAGAACUUUCGAUCUACGCACCGAAUACCAGCGAUGGCAGCAGCACCACCCCGAGUCUCUUCCUUUUGGCCCCUCGAUGCUAUCUAACAUAUGCGCCGCCCUUGAGGUAGAACCUGUCCAAUCUAGUGCUCCUAUCAAGCAUAAUCUCCCAUUUCACCUGCAGGCACUUGCUCCAGCAUCUCCUCGACGCGCUAUGGAGGAAGCUGUCACGCUCGCUAGGGUCCUUCGUGGGUUGAUCCGAAAGUCUCAACCUCCUCAAGAACACCCCGAUGUAUUAACUCGCCCCAUGGAUGCGCGUGCUGACGUUCGCGCCUUUUUGUCGGAACGAAGCAAGGUUUUGCAUAUGUCUGGACUCCCUCAUGAUACUACCCAGUCGGAACUCGAGAGUUGGUUUACGCAGUUUGGUGGCCGUCCCAUUGCUUUCUGGACCUUGCGUACUCCAGAGCAGCACAAACCAACGGGCACCGGAUUUGCCGUCUUCUCGUCCCACGAAGAGGCGGCAGAAAGUCUAUGUAUGAACGGCCGCGCCUUGAACGAGAAGGCCAUAGAAGUUUCUCCUUCCUCUAGCCGGGUGCUUGACCGCGCCGCAGAAAUCCUUACGCCUUUCCCGCCUAGCAAGAAUCGCCCUCGUCCCGGCGACUGGACCUGCCCUUCGUGCGGAUUUUCCAACUUCCAAAGACGGACGGCAUGCUUUCGCUGUUCUUUCCCGGCAGUCAGUGCAGGCCCGCAAGGCGACAUGGGUUACGGCUACGGCUACGGUCCCCCGGCAAUGAUGGGACCACCGCCUCACCACGGAGGCCAUCAUGGCAAUAUGGGUCAUGGAGGGGGGAGAAUGGGUGGUAGUGGUGUUGUCCCGUUCCGAGCUGGAGAUUGGAAAUGUGGUAAUGAGGUUUGUGGAUACCACAACUUCGCUAAGAAUGUGUGCUGUCUUCGAUGCGGCGCUAGCCGUGCUGGUGCUGCCGUGGUGGCUGACUCGGGAUAUCCUUCGCCAAUGGAUAGCGGGUCUAGCUAUGGGAUGGGCUCCGGUUCGAUGGCUGGAACGCCGGGCCCAGGUCCGUUCGCCUCGGCUACAGGUCCCUUUGCCGCGUCCGGUGGCUAUGGUCAUCAUUUUGGAGGACCACCCAGUACCUACGCACUACCUUCGGGUAUUGGCGGAGGUGCGGCCCCUUAUCCGUCCCUGAAUACGCAUUUCGGUCCCGGUCCUGGUUCUCACUCCGCCGGUCCUUUUGACAGCCGAGCUGCCGAGGCUGCCUUCCAGUCAGCCAGCAACGGUCCGGCAUCCGCAGGUCCGUCGAACAAUUACUUCUCUUCUACGUCGGAAAAUGACCCAUUUGCGUUUCUCUCCUCUGGCAUUGGUGGAUUGUCUGUCAGCGGUGAUGCGCGCCAGAACGGCGCUGGUGCACCUUCAAAUAAGUCCCCUGCAUAAUUAUGAAUCGAUUCCGUUUCAUCAGCUUGAAAAGUGUCUGAAGACCGUCGGUUAUACCAAUCUUGGGAAUACUCUUUCUCUCUGGACAUGCGCCGACACUUUCGAGGGAUGUUUGUUCACUUUGGAAGAUCCGGGAUAAGGGGAGAUGACGCGAGAUACCUAGGGUUAGCAGGGUGUUUGUAGGGAAACGUUUUGUUUUUUGAGAAGAA